AUGAGAUCGCCGUUGCACCGACAACAUCAGCCGGCCUACAUCGGGUGUCCCGCAGCCGACGACAAGCAAAGUUACAACGACAACGACCAAGAAGCCAGAGCCGACCACAUCAAGCAAGAAGCCCGAGCCAACACCUACAACCACUUCGAAGAAGCCGGAACCCCCCAAAUCAAGUACGAAGCCAGCACCAACGUCGACCACCACGACCAAGAAGCCUGA